CACAAUGUCAUGGUCAGCAGACUCUCUCACUUUGGACAGCUAACGACAAACAGAUCUGUAAAACCGCCGCCGGCUCGCCGUAACAACAUGAAUCCGUUCGGCAAUGUCGAUUUCCUCCGGGAAAGCAAGGUGAUCAAGAUCUCGGCGUUCAUCUUCGUGUCCGUUGCUUUCUUCUACUUGGGCAAGUACUGGUCCGAUGGCAACCAGCAGCUCGUCUUCUUCUCUCGACAAGCUCCGGUGGUGGGAACGCCGGCGGAAGUGGCUCUCUCUCCUAAUCUUGACAAGAAGUUCAACAUUUCUGCUCUAAUCAAUGAAACGCAAAACGCAAACAGAAACAAAAUCGGUUGAUUAUGGAAAAGCAGUGGAGAAAUCUACCCUGUCUCCCUCUCCUUCUCCAGUUUUGCCUUCUGCCUCUCCUCCCCCUCCUCCUCCUCCGUAUCAAAUCAAAAUCAAUGGAAUUGUGGAUGAGAACGGAACGAUGUCGGAUGAGUUCGAGGUCGGGGAGUUUGAUCCGGAAUUCGUUGAGACUUGGGGGAACGACACAGAGAUUCAUGAGGAGAAGAGUGAGGAGUCGAAAUAUAAGUUUAAGAAUUUGAAGUUUGGGCUGUGCAAUCAGAGUAUGAGGGAGUAUACACCAUGUAUGGAUAAUGUAGAGGCCAUUAAGAGGUUGAAGUCGACCGAAAGAGGAGAGAGGUUUGAACGGCAUUGUCCGGAGGUAUGGCUCAGGAAUGUUCCUCAUACGCCCCUAGUUGAUGAUAAAGGAGGUCAAAACUGGAUUUCCAGAGCCAAAGAUAAGUUCAAGUUCCCUGGAGGUGGCACACAAUUUAUACACGGAGCAGAUAAGUACCUGGAUCAGAUUUCUCAGGUUCUUAAUUUUAAAGGUUAAUGUAUGCAUGAAGAUAAAAUAAGAAAUGAGGUCUGCAUUUCUUGGCCUCUGAUAUUCAGGUUCUUUUAAGCAGAUGGUCCCUGAUAUCAUGUUUGGUCACCACACUCGAGUGGUAUUGGAUGUUGGAUGUGGUGCAGCUAGUUUUGGUGCCUAUUUGCUUUCACGGAAUGUCUUAACCAUGUCUAUAGCUCCUAAAGAUGUCCAUGAAAAUCAGAUUCAGUUUGCACUUGAGCAUAAUGUGCCUGCAAUGGUGGCUGCCUUUGCCACUUGCCGUCUAUCAUAUCCAAGUCAAGCCUUUGACUUGAUUCAUUGUUCUAGAUGUAGAAUCAAUUGGACUCGAGAUGGUAUGCAUUUUCUUUCCACGGUCCCUCUUUUACUGUUAUUUCGUGGUAAAGGAGAGAGCGAAAAAUACAACUGGAUUGUGCAUUUUACUAGAUUUAGCAUCUACCAACUUUGCUCACUGUAAAUUUGGCAACCCUUUACACUGCUGUGGUAAGUGAUGCUUAUCUUCCUUUUCUAGUUGGGAUUUUCACCAAAAGGACUUCCUUUCUCAUUUCAAUUUUUUCCUCCCUCUUUUUCUAUAUAUGAUUGUGCUACUGAAAAGAUCAUGUUUAAUAAUUUUUUAAGUUUCUC